AUGACAGAGAAAUCGUCGAUUUUCAAUUCUCCCAAACUCUACUCUUUCGAUUAUUAUGCGGCUUGUACCAUCGGAGGUCUCGUAGCUUGUGGACCUACCCAUUCAGCAGUGACACCACUCGAUUUGGUCAAAUGUCGGAGACAAGUUGACGCUUCUCUAUACAAAUCUAAUAUCGAGGGAUGGCGCCAGAUUGUCAAGACCGAGGGUGGAUUGAGCAAAGUUUUCACUGGGUUCGGUGCCACAGCAAUUGGAUACUCUUUCCAAGGAGCUUUCAAAUAUGGUGGCUACGAAUAUUUCAAACACCAGUACUCCGUGAUGGUCUCCCCUGAAACAGCCCACAAGUAUAGAACCGGUAUUUUCUUAGCGGCGUCUGCAUCGGCUGAAUUCAUCGCCGAUCUUUUCCUAUGCCCUUGGGAAGCCAUAAAAGUUCGUCAACAGACAGCAAUGCCACCUCCUUUUGCGCGCAAUGUUUUUGACGCCUAUUCCAAAAUGGUUGGUGCCGAAGGGUUCGCAAGUUUGUAUAAGGGCAUUACUCCUCUAUGGUGUCGUCAAAUCCCUUACACCAUGUGUAAGUUCACUUCUUUUGAACGUAUUGUAGAAAUGAUUUAUGCCCGUUUGCCCAGGCCAAAGAGUGAAAUGUCGCAGUGGGGACAAAUUGGGGUUUCGUUCACUGGUGGUUAUUUGGCUGGUAUUUUAUGCGCUGUUGUGUCGCAUCCAGCUGACGUGAUGGUUUCCAAGAUUAACAACGAACGUCAAAAAGGUGAGUCUAUGGGCAACGCCAUGUCGCGUAUCUACGGCAAAAUAGGCUUUGGUGGUUUAUGGAAUGGUUUGGCGGUAAGAAUCGUAAUGAUUGGUACUUUGACCAGUUUCCAAUGGUUAAUAUACGAUUCGUUCAAGGCAACGGUUGGAUUGCCAACUACCGGGUAG